CUAUCAUUUUCACGCAUUGGCGUCAUCAAACUUUCAUCACCGUCGGUCACGAUCGACCCCUGUUUUACAAAUUUCCAACUGUAUGAAAAAAACAUCAAAAGAGUAUGAGAAAAUCAGAUCGCAACUUCAUUUUGAAUUUUUUUGCUUUCAGCCUUUUCAAUUUGAUCAAGCUGUUUGUACCUAUAUAAGGAGCCCCCUCUUUGUUGAUUCAGAAAAUUUGCUUCAAAUUUUGGAAAGUUCUUCAAUCGUCAAGCUAUACAUACUGUACUGCAUUGUGUAUUUUGAAAAGUUUAUGUAUUUUCUCUCUCUGUUUUUCUGUGUGUGCGGUUGGCGAGUUAGCAGGGAGGACUUAGAGGAGUUGAUCGCCGACAAGGACAUCGGGAUCUAAAGUUCGUUAUCCUGAAAGUUUUUAUGUUUAAAUUUUUUGGUUAAGUUGUGCUAUUUUUGCCAUUUCUCUUUUGGUUUGUUGUUUUUUGGGGGAUGUUUUUAAUUUUGGGACGUGAAGUUUGAGAAACAGAUAUUUACGAAUCUUCGUUCUGUAGAUUUGGCCAUUGAAUAAUUUGACUAGAAGUUGGGUGGGAAAUUCAAAGACAUGCAUUUGGUUCUGUGAGAGAUGUGGAUUGGAGAAACUGAACUGCGUUUUGUUGUGGAUUUGGUGUUUCAUUGACAAUUUUGAUCUCGACAAAGUUAAAACAUGUAUUUAAGGAUGCCUCUUUAUUUCGUAAUGCUUGGUUUUUAUGUGCAUGCAUGUCUAUCUUUUAUUCUUGAUGCAUGGUUCCUAAAUUGAAACUAUAAAUUCUGAAUCUUCUUUUAGGAGGAAGUGCGUUCCGACCUCUUGAUUGAUAUAGCUACGACUGAUGUGUGUGGAAAAAGUAAAAUGCUGCUUUUUGUUACGGGGUUAUUGUGUCCUUUGCGUUCCAUGUUGUUUAUUUUUCUGAAAAUUCCCAGUUUUUACUUGUAUGGAUCAAUCUCGUCUGCUGGUGUUUCACGUAGCAGCCAAGGAAACUAUCAGCCAUAUAGCUGAAAUUUUCCUGUUAGAUACAGUCUGUAUAGGUGUUGAUGCUAGAAGCAUUGACCUCACAAUCCGCUGCAUGCUUUUUAAGGAUGCAGUGACACUUUUUUUGUCAUAUAACCAUACGUCUUCUCCUGAGGUAGAUCUUCUAAUAUUGCUUGACGACAUACUUGUUUCUUGUUGGAUUUGGAUUAUCCGGCUAGUGACUACUUGGACACAGUUUUUCAUUUUUCUUUUGUCGUAUAUAGAAGUUUUCUUGUUACCAUCCCAACAGAAAUGGUGGAAGUGUUGUAAGAAAGGUGUCUGGAUCAUUUAAAAUAUGGACUCAUAUUUAAACAUAAAAAUAAAUGCUUAGUGCAAUUUUCGCGGCUUCUGUUAUCAAGCACAAAAUACCAGUUGGCCAUGAAAGAUUAUUCGACACAUGAACCGUAUAGCAUGUUGAUUGUGUUACAUGUUUUCUGUGAGGCCAGUAUUUUCAUUACAAUGAUAUAUAAAUUUUUCUAAGAAAAAGAGACUUCUAUUUCUGGUCUGAUAAUGUGAACACAAGAGAAUUCAGAUUCUCUCCUUCUUUUAGGGCCAAAAUUUUAGUUGCAUGGGUAUAUCUAAAAUAUUGUCUUAUGACUAAGUGAGAGUAUUUGAAUGAGGAACUUUUCUGUGGGUUAGUAAUUUGUUCUGGAGCAGUUGGGAAGAGAUGCACUUUGGUCGCCAGUAUCUCUCUAUUGUCAUUAUGUUGAGAAAGUAUAAGUUUGAGUAAUUAGUUAGAAAGGGCUCUGGAUGUGAGAAGUGCUGAACUAGGCAUCUGAAUCAAGUUAUGAGAAGUCAACUUCAAACCCAUUUCCUAGUAUCACUUGUCAUAUUUCUACUUCGCAACAUAUGCCCAGCACUCCACCUUGGUGGAGUUGAUUUAAAGUUGAUUCGGACAUGUUUGCUGUACUUGCCAGUCGUGUACUGGAUAUCGCACUCCAACCUGAUAACCAGAUGCCAAUGUAGGGUGCCUAACAUAGUUUAUUAAUAGCUAUAUAUGAUAGGAGAUAAGGUUGGUCCAAAAGUACACAGUGAAAUACCUCUUAGAGUCCACUGCAUGCUACUCUUUUUAAUUGCUGUUGUUUCAACUGUGAGUUUUACCGCCAUCAACUAAAAUAGUUGGAAUAUCAAGGAAAAAUUCUGAACAUUUUAGGAAUAUUUGACUGCGGACAAGGCAUUAUUAAUGAGAUACCUUACAGCUAGGUUUCUGAUUGAGAGAUGACGCUGGAUAUGAAAGUUGUGGCUUCUCUAUUUAAGUUAUCAUGUGGUGAAGAGGAGACCGUGCAGAAUACUGGACUGAGGUUGAGCUCCCCAUCCAUGAUGUCCAUUUAGAGGAUUUGGACUUCAAGAAUCAAGUGUAAUGCAAAGAUUACUAUAUGCAGCUGGAAGCUGUGGAGUUCCAGAAUGCUGCAUGAUUUUUGUUAAUUGGCUUUCUUGUAGAUCUACUUGUUUUGCUGAAUUCUCUUCUGUAGGAUUUUGUGACUGGAGCUCUUCAUCCAUUGUUGGAUUUGUUGUCGCUGAUUGAAUCUGUUGCAGCAAAUAUGCAAGAAAAGCUACAUGAUCUUGAGGUGUCGCCCAUAUGGAGGGCGCAUAGACUAGAAAUACAUGCAUAGGUUUAGGCUUUGCCUAAAUUUGUUUCUGAAUGCAGGUGCUUCACCCAUUACCAGCUGUCUAGGUAUCUGUUAGUCCAAGUUCAUACAGUUCAAUGGCAUUUGCGGCUGCUAAUCAUUCUGGCAUUCGUCAUGCUGAGCCCAAAAUCUCAGAGAACAUGUUAGCUGUGGAGAAUAAGAUUGCAACUAGCAUCAACGCUAUUGUGUCAAACUUGCAGCCUUCCCCUGAGGAGCACAUUCCCGCAAAAGAGUCACUGUCUCAGGGAAAAAUUACUGGCACUGAAGCACUAGAUAAAGGAUACCUGAAGUGUUCUCAUUAUCGUCGGAGGUGCCAAAUCAGAGCUCCUUGUUGCAAUGAGAUAUUUGAUUGUCGUCACUGUCACAAUGAGGCAAAGAACAAUAUUUGCGUUGACCAAAAGCUCAGACAUGAUGUCCCUCGCCACUUAAUUGAGAAGGUCAUAUGCUCACUUUGUGACACUGAACAGGAGGUUCAACAAGUUUGCACAAAUUGUGGUGUAUGCAUGGGAAGAUACUAUUGUGCAAUUUGCAAGCUAUUUGAUGAUGACACAUCUAAAGAGCAGUAUCAUUGCAAUGGGUGUGGUAUUUGCAGGAUCGGGGGCUCCAAGAAUUUUUUCCACUGUGAUAAAUGUGGAUGCUGUUAUUCUAUACUUCUAAAAAGCAGUCAUCCAUGCGUGGAGAGGGCAAUGCACCAGGACUGUCCUGUAUGUUUUGAGUAUCUAUUUGAUUCGAGAAACGAUGUCAUUGCUAUGCCAUGUGGCCACACCAUUCAUAAGACAUGCUUGGUAGAGAUGCAGGAGCACUACAAGUAUGCUUGCCCUAUCUGCUCCAAGUCAGUUUGCGAUAUGUCCAAAGUGUGGGAGAAGUUUGACCUGGAAAUUGCAGCUACACCCAUGCCUGCGUAUUAUGAGAACAAAAUGGUUUGGAUUCUUUGUAAUGAUUGUGGAAGCAACUCUGAAGUGAAAUACCAUGUCAUCGCCCAGAAAUGCCCUAAUUGCAAGUCUUACAACACCCGUCAAACAAGAGGCCUUGCAAGAUAGAUACACUAAUUGCUGACGUUUAACCUAUGCACCUCUAUGCGCAACGAAAGCAAUUGCUGGCGGGAAACACAGUGGGGGUUGUCUUGCCAUUUCCUAAUUAACUUGAGAAGCAUAAAUAGGGGAAGUUCAUUUUCCAUCUUAUGUUACAAACUUGUCCAAGUCACAGUGUUCUAUUUUCCAUAGUUUUCAUCUAUUCUAGCCUUUGUUUGUUAAUGAAUGCCAUUUCGUUACUGUCUAUGAAAGGCAAACAGUUAUCGGUUUCUCCCCCUCUCUCGUCACCUGUCCCCCAUUCGUGUCUGAUCUUCAUUCAAAUGUGCUUUAAAAAGCCUGGGUCCUAACCAAGCGUUCGUGUUCGAGCAGAGACUGAUGAAGAUUUUGAUUGAGCCCAUCUGGACUCGGGAAAAUGAUGAUAUUCAUCCACUUUGAAU